AUGGCUGACACCGGGACACGUCACGGCUGUGAGUUCACCCACAACAACUCAAAACUCAGCGUGGUGGAGCUGCUCAGCCCUGAGGCUGCCAGCCGACGGUCAAAACCUGUUUCCAGGUGUUUGUGCUUCCUUACAGCUGCGCACAGGUGCGUUCAGACCAUCCUGCCUCCAGUUGUCCACCGGUUCCUCUUCAGCCAAUCAGAGGAGUUUCCGGUGGCUCGCCCGCUCUUCAGGGCGCUGUUUGGAGUAGCGACCGGCACAGGUAACACCUCCAGCGACACACCUGGGCGGUUCAUCUCUGAUCUUAAGUCCUCACAUGUUGGAAACCAGCGCGGGCAUCAGAGCGAAAAGACGCCGCAGAGCUGCGCUCAUUUUGGGGCCGAUCAGCUGUUCGGAGGAAACAGGAGCUGCUCGCACAUCAUCUUGUUCCUGGGCAUUGCCCACAACCUCCCGCUGACCUUUGACCUGCAGGUGGCAGUAGGAUGUUUGUUUGUUGCUGUGUGUCUCGCAGGCGGACUCAUGUCUUCGUCCUUCAGGUGUUCGGUCCUCCUCAUGUUUCCCAGCAUGCUCGGCUCCCGUGGCCGCUCCUACCUGAUCCUGCUGACCUUGUCUGUGCUGUACGCAGGCCCAGUUUCAAACAUCCAGCGUAAUGUAGAGGCCGCCGCUGUGUCUGUGAGCUGCAACCUGGACCUGCAGGUCCGUCACAGCAAGCUACUGUGGAGAGAAGCCAUCAAGCCAUUUUUGAUCAUCACACAGGAGCUCAUGGAUGAUAAAGAAGGUUUUGAGUUGGAGGCUUUAAAUGUCAGCAAGAAGUUUCAGGACAUCAGAGACGAGAUGGUCCUUCAGUACGGAUACGACCGAUUCGAAACUAAACAAGGCGGCGGUAACAGCACCCAGGAGGAGUUCACCGCCAAGACCCUAAAGCAGUGCGACAGUGUGGUGGCUCAGGGCGUGCAGCGGUGCGUCGAUUGGUUCGCCAACAGGUGGACGGCGUGUUUGGAAGCGAUCCCCGUCCCCGUCAUCAACUACAUCCUCUGCGUUUCCAUGAAAUUUCACUUCCUGUGUGACAUCAUGAAAGUCAUGACUCCGUGGUGCAGGGACAACAUUCCCGUGGAGGGAAACUUUGGUCAACUCUUUGACCGGCUGAAUGUUUCCGUUGACCUGCUGUCCAGAGAGUUCAGCACCGAGCUCACCGUAGAGGAGGAGGAGCAGCCGGCGCUGAGCGAAGCUCUGCUGGACCAACAGUUCACCAACGCUGUCAAAACAUCCUUCCAGAAACUGACGUCAACGACGGGACGGGUGCUGAACAUCCUGCAGAUGCUCCUCUCCUUCACCUUCAUCACCAUCUUCACCCAGGCGUUUGGGUACCUCGGGCAGUACAAGAGGGACAUUUGUUUCGACAACGUCUACAUCACCACCUACUUCAGACAGAUCGAUGCCCGCAGACGGAAAGCGGGGAAGCGCUGCCUGCUGCCUCUGAGGAAAUCAGAGAAAAACAAGCUGAUCAACCCCUGCAGUCUGAAAAUUUACCCCGAAGAGGUCAAACAAGUGAUGUCAGGUGUGUUUCAGGUGCUGACGGUCUUCCUGCUGUCCGUUGUCCUGCUGACUGUCGACUUCUCGCUGUCCCACGUACUGGACAUCAUCAGCAGACACACCCUCACCCAUUUCAACAUCACCAGUAGUCACCAGGUGGACAUCAGAGUGGGAGGGGACACCAUGAUGGCCCGCCUCCUGAGGACGACAAUUUCAGCCUUCAACAGCUCGUCCACCCUCAAUAUCCAAAGUGAUAACCAGGAGUGCAUGUCCCCCCCCUCCACCCUCUCUGCUGAGGUCUAUGUGAGAUGUGUGUGUUGUGUCCUGCUGGUGGCGCUGUUCAGCUGCCUUCAGGUUUAUACCAACCGGCUCCGACAUGUCAUUGCUGCCUUCUACAACCCCAAGAGGGAGAAGACGAGGAUCUUGUUCCUUUACAACCUGCACAUUCACGGCCGGAUUUCCAGCAGCGGCAGGAAACGCAUCAUCAGCCGUGGACAGAGGACGGUGAGUGGGUUUCUGGUGUUCCAGCGCCUGCUCAGGUGGGGGCACUGCCUUUGCUGGCAUCAUCACGGACAGGAAGCGUCCAGCUCCGAGAAGACGCACUACGCCAGCGCUUAGAGGAGAGAGAGGAAGCUGCACCUGGAUGAAGAAGAAGUCGUCCAGUUUUUUGUGGCAGACUCGAGGU